AUCACCUUCAAGAAACGCAGACGCAUAUUGAUGACGCAGACGUUCUGCGCAGAAACAUCAUGGCGGCUACUGCACCGGUUGUAGAGGAGCCUGAAGAUUAUUCCUUUUUACCCAUUAUUCAUGAUAUUAUCAAAUGUAUGGACAAAGACAGUCCAGACGUACUUCAGGAACUGAACAAACUGAAGACGAAGAUCCAGGAGGCUCGGGAGCAGAUUUCAGCUAUGCCAGGCAUCGACAUGAGUCCUGCGCUACAGGAUAAUAAACUACGCACUCUGAGAGAGCAGGUCCAGACCAAAAACCAGCUUCUGCAGAAAUAUAAGAGCCUUUGCAUGUUUGAUAUCCCUAAACCCUCAUGAGAUUGCCUUUUUUUUGCAAUAAGGAAAGAGACACGGACAUUAUUUCACUUUGGUCAGCGCUUUUGUGGUGGGGUUGUCCCUCCUGUGAAGGUAGAACUGGUUCAGUGAUGCAGUGCUUGUUUGUUGAUAUACUAUAUGUUAAUAUUUUGUAUUUUUUCACUUUGGAAAAUUAUUUUGACACAUUAUGACUAUUUUGAGCUAAAGAAUAUUUCUUGGAUUUGUUUAAUGUUUACAGCAUGUGUAUUAAAUUGGCUUUUCUUUUCUAAACAAACGCUUUCACUUAAGAUAAAAAAUAAAACUUUUUAUAGUGUGCAAAUA